GAAGAGGGCGUGGCCACAGCUUAAUCGCUAAACUCAAGCACACGCGUUGCUCUUCCACUUGAAACUUUUUAUUCAAUUUCCCGGAUGGAAAUAAGAGAAGCUCCAGAGCACAGAGAGCUGGAGACUGAAACUUCACAUCAAGAUUUCAAAUAGUUUGGCUGUAGCUGAGCACCUGCGUCUGAGAUGGAGCGAGAUUCAGGCGGCUCUCUGGACCUGAGCCACUUGACAGAAGACGAACAUGUGUCCAUCCUAAAAGUGUUGCAGCGAGACCUGGAGCUGCGGCAGCUGGAUGAAGGUCGUGUAAGGAACCUCCAGGCGAAAGAGACUGAUCCGGUGCGCCUGCGUUCUUUAUCAGGUGCCUGGUUUAACGAUGAGUGCAGCAAGAGGCACAACAGCUGGACAUCUGGCUGUGAUCUUGUUCAUGCGUCUAUGCGCCUUAGGAAGCCAAAAAACAAAGUAACAGAUGUGCCACUAAUUGGGCUUUUUAAUGGAGAAAUAGAGGAGACGAUGUCAUCACCACAAAACAACAAUUCACCUCCUGACAAAGGUCUGAACAAGAUUUUAGAAGAAAAUACAACCGGAAGCCAGCAAACUAUGAAACCUACACCCUCACCCAGAAUAAAAAGUCCACAAGAAAAGGUUGUACUGGAAAGCACAGACUUGUCCAAAGAGUAUGAAAGGAUAAGUAAUGGGAGUCACGCAGAGGAACCUGAGGACGGUGUCAAUGGUCACGACGAGGACAGUGAUUCCAUCGGCAGCAGUCUGAACGAUAUGGAUCCCGCAUCUUUAAAAACAAGCAGCUCUGCCGGCAGUCUGCACUCCAGCUACACGCUGAGUGGCAGCAUGAUGAGUUUGUUUAGUUCUGGAGACUUUGGCGUAGUGGAGGUGAGGGGCCGGAUACAGUUUUCAUUGGUCUACGACACACGCAGAGAAGAGCUGCAAAUCAGAAUUUACCGCUGUGAGGACGUUGCUGCAGCGCGAAAGAACCGCUCUGAUCCAUAUGUGAAAGCCUAUCUCCUGCCGGACAUGUCAAGUCAGAGCAAGAAGAAAACAUCAGUGAAGAAAAAGACUCAAAAUCCAGUUUAUGAGCAGACAUUAAGAUACAAACUGCGUGUUGGAGAGCUGCGCAGUCGGACAUUAAACCUGUCUGUGUGGCACGCGGAGCCCCUGGGGAGAAAUGUGUUUUUGGGAGAAGUGGAGCUGGCUUUGGGUGGCUGGGACUGGACCUGCACUCAGCCUCAGUGGCAGGAGCUACAGCCAAGGGUUCAUUUGAGUCCAGACGCCUUAAGCAGUCGAGGAACCAUCAUGUUGUCUGCAAAAUUUGUCCCUGAAGGUUUUGAGGGUGGCGGUUUGCCUCUGACGGGAGAGUUGCACAUUUGGCUACGAGAGGCUCAAGGUCUUGUGUCCAAUAAAGGAGGUCCACUGAACUCCUUUGUCAGAUGCUACAUCCUCCCUGAUGCUAGUCGCCAGAGUGGUCAGAAGACCCGUAUUGUGAAGCAUACAAUCAGCCCGUCCUUCAACCACACAAUGGUGUAUGAUGGCUUCCACACCAGCGACUUGAAAGAGGCCUGUGCUGAGCUCACAGUGUGGCAACGAGAGGGUUUGAAGACACUUAUUCUUGGAGGGAUACGGCUGAGCUGUGGAACUGGCCAGAGUUAUGGUGAACCAGUGAGCUGGAUGGACUCUACAGAGGAAGAGAUAUCUCUUUGGAACUCAAUAAUUGAUAACCCAAACCACUGGAUCGAUGCCACUCUGCCCAUCAGGACUGAUCUACAGAAGCGGCCCUAGUGAGCAUGUAUUGAAACUUCAAACAUGGUGCCUACAUUAUCUGUAAAUGUAUGUAGGACAUUAAGUGGAGGUGCAAUAUUAUAAAUAGCUUGUGUAGAUUUGUUUUGAUUUUGUAUGUCCUAAUUCUGUAAUUACCUAUUUAGUGAUCAACUGUGUUUGUUUUUCAAUUAAAUGUAAAUGUCAAUAUGUUUACUAAGAUGAGAUUAGGUAAAUUGUGUAAACUAAACUGUUUUAAUAAAAUAAGGGCAUAUUUUUGCAUAGCCUAAAU